AUGGAUCGCUGUGGUGGGUCCAGUGAGGGCAUCGAAGAUGAUACUUGUGGGAGUGAGACUAGAGCCAGCGCGAUAUCUGUUUUUCUGCCUGUGGAAGUGAUGAGACACUUACCGUCCUUUUACUUCGACCAUGCAUACCUCCAUGCACUUGCUACAGUCUCUUCUUGGACGCUGAACAUGGUUCGAGAUAAGAAGAACUGGCAAGGUUUGGUCGUUGACAUUGACCAACCAGAUCUUCAACUCCCAGCUCGCCUCCGGAGCAUGAUGGAUCUGCUGAGCUUGGCCAGAUGGGUCUGUGUCAACAUUGAGCAGCUGAGUAUGCUUCUCAUCAUUCCAGCAAGUUGCAGACUGAACUGGACACCGGUUUCAAUUCCGCGGCCUCCGCAGCAUCCGUUCCUCAUGUUCGAUUUCCGCUCCAGAAAACCACUUCUGGGUGUGGCAGACUUCGACAUAGUGCUGCCUGCAGAACUGAAGGGACUCAUGAUCGGCGUGAGAGAAUGGCGGGGCAACGUGAGAUUCUACUGCAGAAUCGAUAAUGUCUUCCACAGAUCCAUUACCUGGUCUUUGGGUCUAAACGACAAUUCACCCACUCCGUAUGGUCGGGCAAGCCGGUUUGCGCCGCUCCCAGACCAAAGCAACCGGUUUCAGAUCCGGUGGAACAAAACUUUCUUUGCCAUUGCGCUCAACAAUGAAGGAGUGCUGCGUGCUCGGGUAACAGAGUCUGACGAAGGCCUGGCUCCUGCAUUAUCUCAAGUUUUCGUUUGGGGGUUCGGACCAGCCCAUCGAAGUUCUCUAAGACCACGAAUCGUUGCCAGACCCUCACUGAUUCAACUCAACGCCUCGAUCCGGUGUGCUAUUUGCCGUCAAGAGCACACCAUAUUGAUGCCACGUUGGUGUGUGUGUCCAGUGUGCACUACGUGGGUCUGCGCAUCCCAUGUGGGAGAAACGCCAGGGCGAAGAUGUCCCAAUUGCGUUUCUCAGCUUUCUGACUUUUUGGGUGGAUCAGACCGUGCCACCGGAGGCCUGCCCGUGGAGCAUUUGCAGGACGACCACGACACGGCCAGCACUGCCGUGCUACGGCCAUGCACCGAGCUGGCGAGUCACAACUCCUGCGAUCUCGACACACAUCUGCAUAUCGAUCUCUACAAGAAAACUAUAUCAGCUGACGGAAUCAUGGAGAGAAAGCCGUACGGCUACACCACUCGCAUGUUCCACAGGGUCGGAUGGACCAGACUUGAAGUGAAUCGCAUGAUGCAGUUUGCCGGCGUUAUGAACAGCAGUUUCAAUUCGAUGUUCAGGAGAGCUUUUGUGUGGUUCGGACCAGCCCAUCGAAGUUCUCCAAAGCCACAAAUCCUUGCCAGACCCUCACUGAUUGAACUCAACGCCUCGAUCCGGUGUGCUAUCUGCCGUCAAGAGCACACCAUAAUGAUGCCACGUUGGUGUGUGUGUCCAGUAUGCACUACGUGGGUCUGCGCAUCCCAUGUGGAAGAAACGCCAGAGCGAAGAUGUCCCAAUUGCGUUUCUCAGCUUUCUGACUUUUUGGGUGGAUCAGACCGUGCCACCGGAGGCCUGCCCGUGGAGCAUUUGCAGAGCUUGACUGGAGCUAUUCAGGAAUAUGUCUUUCUUCGAAGGAUUGAACUCCUGGAAAUGUGCUGUCUUCGGCAUUUGCAUGAGCUAACGUCUUUUCCUGGGCUGUGGAAUCUGUAUCCAUCGCCGUUUGCUCUGCCUGCAGACGAUCAAGGAUGGCUUCGACAGCUCGGAAUGGCGACGCGAACAAGUCGGCAGUUGGUGCCCUACGUUCCGGCAGACGUCGUCAUUCACACGCAGGCCAAUCAAAGUCUGACUCACCUGGAACGAGGCGUGAAGCACUUGGGAGCUCUUGUAAGACUUAUGAGACAACUGAUCCCGUUCCAUGAGGCAGUCGACGUGAGUUUAUGGCCGUCCCCUUUCGAUGUUUCAGUCAGUAAGAGGAAGUGGGAGCAGUGGCGCCGUUCUGUCAGGGUUGCGACGCGACUACUCAAAGAAGACGGGAUUGAGAACAACCGGCCAGCGCUAUCUAGACGUGGAGGUGUCGGGCAUCUAACCCGUGAAAGCCGUGGCACUGGCACGGGUGGUGAACUCUUGAUAUCCGAUCUUGAUGAUACUGUGCCUGACGACCAUGACACGGCCAGCACUGCCGUGCUACGGCCAUGCACCGAGCUGGCGAGUCACAACUCCUGCGAUCUCGAUACACAUUUGCAGUUCGAGGUGACGACUCUUAUCCACCAGUAUUCGGAGGACUUUGACCCGCUGCUCGCAUUGUCCAAGAUGAAGAACGGUACUCGAUGGCCUCGGUCUGAAUACUUAGAUGCAGAGAUGAAUUUUUCCUCUAUCGCGGGCAUGCUCAAGGGCUUGGACUUCAGAUAUCAAGCAGACCUGGUUGCACUCCUGCAAGAAGACAAGCCUGACGUCGAUGAGAUCUGUAGACUUUUCUGUAUAUCCCGUUCAGAGUUGAAGGAUUUGGACAAAGUCAUUGAACAAUUCGUCCUGCACGACAACGAGAUCAUCUUGCUUUGGGAAACUAAGAAGAACUGCGCCUCCAACUCAGGCACAUGGAUGCACGCCAUGCUAGAACACCUCUUCAAUGGCUACCAGAUUAUGGCCGGCAAGAUGCAAGGCGAACUGAACGCUGCGGUGAGAAUUGUGAGUCAAAUGGAGAAUGCGGUAGUCUACAGGACGGAGUGGUGUAUAUAUGCACCGGAAGAGGAUGUUGCAGGUUCGAUCGACAUGGUUCUUAAAGACGUCAACAACGACGUGCUUUACCUCCUGGACUGGAAGCGCAGCGAAAAGCUGGAGGAGAAGUAUAACAGUUACGGCAAGACCAUGCAUGCCCCCCUACAAGGAAUCAACGACUCGCAAGGUCACCAUUACAGACUCCAACUUAAUAUCUACAAGUGGAUAUUGGAAAAGUACUACCACGUGAAGGUGGCUGGCAUGAAAGUCGUAUGCAUACAUCCACGGUAUCUACCAGACGGUUUCGUGGAUGAUGAGCCUGCGCCGCAACCACAAAGAGAAGGGCUUGUUGUCCCAGAGACGGAGACCGGUCAGCCAAGUCUCACGCAACCAUUUCAGAUAUUGCCGAACACUCAAGCGUCAAACGGUUAUCGUGUCGAAGAAGAUCUGGAAGCGAUGUUCGAGGACAUGUUCGAAGAUGAAGCGGAUGCUGCCCGCAUGGCGGCAAAGAAGCGUCGUCUUCUACCAGGUGCAGCAGAACACUCCGACAGAUUCAGAUCAACGUUUCAGCGGUCUCAUGACAUUCUGAGAACCACACUGGAUGUUUUAGUAGCCGACAGGAGUGUUCAACCAAACACUAUUCUGCACAGCACGAAGAAGUCGCUGCAGGAACUGAGAAUGGAUUUCCCAAACGUCUCGGACCAGAUCAGGCGACUUGUGCUAGUCGCAGCCCACUUGACCGAAGGUAAGAUCUCCGACAAGCCCAUGCUUGCAGAUUCGGCUGCGUUGCUUUGGAUGGUCGAGGGUGAUCGGCACUUGAGGGUACACAAGGGAUUCCUUUACAUAUACGAUGGCGAUGGUUGUUUUCAGCCAUUCGGCGGCAUCCCGCCAGAGGCCGUGCUCCAUCGGGUCCACGACUUCUUUGUCUACCUGGAAGGCAUCCUCCGGCGCAUGAAGCCAGAGAACAGCCGCAGAGCUGCCUCUGUCGCCCGUGCCAUUGUUUCCGAUUUACAAAGCUUCGAGACCGAAGAUGAUUUCCUACAAGCAUGUAGAGACGCAGUGAACAGGCGUAGCACGACUGCAGCUUACCCCUCUAGGCUAGAUGCAGCUGAUGAUGAGGUGGCGAACCAAGCGCAAGCCGAAGCAGCGUCCGACAAUACUUGGACCAUAGACGCGGCAGAAAAGUCAUGGAAACUAUCAUGGCACAUCAGGACUGAGCUGAUGCAGACUCGGAUGAUUUCUCUGUUGGUCGAAUGGUGCGAAACAGAAGACCAAAGAUCAUCUUCUGUCACCUACGACGACGUAUGCUUCGUGUACGAUUCGCCAGGAUCAGAUAGUCCGAUCGAUGUGGUCAAAAAGAGUCCAGCCAACAACUGCUAUGUUCGCAUCCCUCAUCCUUUGCUGGAUCCAGUUAUGGAGAACAACUUGGAGCGUCUCGAGAAGUUCUACCAGCAGACAUUCUGGUGCAAUCUAGAUGUCUUCAAGUGCUUCCAAGCAGCCACGGCUAUCGCCAAGCGCGGAUACAAUGUGGACAGAUGCUUCAUUGGCAUAUCACCUGGAGGAGUGGGGCAAAGUUUAUAUUCGUUGCAUCUAUCCGAGAUGUAUAAGCAAAACCAUACCUUUUUCGACCCCAACAUAUGGCACCUCGACGAAGAGCUUCGCAAGCAGGUGGAAACGUUUGCACGAUGUUUCAUUAUGACAGGCCAGGAAGCACCGGAGACCAGCAAGAAACUGCAUAUCGAUCUCUACAAGAAAACUAUAUCAGCUGACGGAAUCAUGGGAAGAAAGCCGUACGGCUACACCACUCGCAUGUUCCACACGGUCGGAUGGACUAGACUUGAAGUGAAUCGCAUGAUGCAGUUUGCCGGCGUUAAGAGCAGCGGUUUCAAUUCGAUGUUCAGGAGAGCUUUUGUGUGGAAAUCCAAAGCUCGGUUCAUCCACAAGAAGUUCUUAGCGAAGUACAUCGAUCAUGAGAAGGACGGAAUCUUCGAAGCAGACCCCAGUCUGAACAAGUUUUUGUCCACAUCUCAGGCCUCCAUUGCAGGAUUGCGGUUGCAGUGGGCGUUUGAACGGGAUUACAGCAAGGACGACUGCUAUCAGCUGAUAGAAAACUACUGCAAUGGUGGAGACGGUUUCUUGACUGAGGAUGUCAUGCGAAAUGCAUGUGGCUUGCCUGUGCGACAAAGACAUCAGCAAGUGGAAGAAGGUCUCGGCAACUUGCUCGAUGGCGAUGCUGAUAGUAAUGCAGAAAGGGAAGAUCGGGACAUCAGCUGGAAAAAUCUCAGAAGCUCGGUGAUACAGCACAUGCUCGACAAAGACCUCGAAGUCAUGACGUUCUAUGAGUUCAAAAAAAUGCCUUGCAAAGCAGGAGAACAUCCGAACCUGUCGAAGCAGGCCAUGUGGGACGAAAUGCCCAAGCAAGAGGUGGUUCGCACUGGCAUCGCGAAGCCGAAGACGGGCAAAGAAAGACCUGGUGCUAUCAUUCCUUCGUUCAUCUUCAAAAAGAAGUUUCACGAAGUAUGUCCUCAAACUGAAGCGGGCCAGGUUAGAAUGCAGUUCCAGGAAGAACAUGAUCUAGGCCGGCUUCGAAGCUACGCUUACAGAUGUGGAGGCAGAUCCAUCAACGAUGACAACAUGAAGAUGUACUACACAGCGAUGUUGCCUGCUUCAAAACGAGGACGAAGAAGUCUGGAACAGGAUGAACUUACGACGAAGUACCAGAAACUCAUCCAGAAGCUCGAGGACCAUUCCGAACACGUGACUUCUCUGCUAUCGUCGCAAAAGAGACGCAUCUUGGCGAAGACGUCAGUGAAUGAAGAUGGGAACGCUGCCGUUUCGUCAUCAUCCAUGUCGGCUACAUCGGUUGAGUACAAGUAUUCUGACAAGCAGAACUACAGCAUCCAUGGUCGUCGGUACGGCCCGAAGGGCAGUGCUCAGAGCACAUCCCGUCGCUUGCAGAAGUAUCUUGUAGACGGUCACACCGUUGAUCUGGACAUCCACAACUGCUGCUUGACGCUGAUCCAUCAACUUCUGCAGAAACUUAGUCCUGAUCCUCCCUUGGCUGAUGACCUUGCAGAAGUACUUGACGAAGUCACCCACAGACGUGCAGACUUUGUGGCCAAGCUGAAUGUGCAGAUUUCCGAAGGCAAAGACAUUAUCACUACCGUUUUCAACGGUGGUGCUCCACCUGAAAAGCUGAAAGACAAUCAGCUCAUCAAGAAGCUACAAAAGAUUGCAUUGUAUGUUCGAUGGGUGGCGUGCAAUAUUCUUCACGACGACUACAUGAGCUUGGCCGACAACAAGCUGAAGUCUUUCCCUUCUGCCACCAUCAUGUCUCUCAUGUGGCAUGCAGUCGAAGACAGUAUCCUCCAGGCUUGGUCCGAGCACGUUCUGAUGGACAAUCCCAAGCACUUGUCGCUGCACUUCGACGGCAUCCGGGUGUCGGCUGACAAGGUUCAGAACUCGGAGGACUACAUUCGGAAAUGCCAAGCCGCCGUCAAAGACAGGACUUCCUUCGACGUGAAGAUCAUGGUUAAGACACAUGGAUCGUUAAUAGAUCUAAUUCAAACUCGUGGAAACGUUGCGAACAACCUGACGAACGUGCCCGCAAAGCUUCUGGAAGCUGGCAAUUGCAUUCCAUGCAGUUUGUGGCAUUCGGAUCCCUUGUCCAGAACGACUGUGGCCGCUGCAGUACUUGACGAUGACAAGGCAGAAAAUGCAGAGGCCAAGAAAACCAGGUACAGAACCUAUCGUUCGGUUGCCACCAUGUGUGGUCUCGACAUCGUAAGCUGUCUUGGUCUGCCCCAGCCCCAUGUGAAAACCUUUCUGUUGCAUUACGAAGGGAACGGAUCGCCACAUUGCCUGUCGGUCCGGCUGGAAGGCGACACAGCUACCUUGAUCGAUGGCAACGUCGUAUACAAGAUUCCCGUAGGUGCCUUCCAGGAAGCUUGUGCUGCAGCUGUGGAUCGAUCAACUGUCGUUUCACAUUGGAAACGCGACGCGAAAGAUAAGCUCGAUGACAAGUCUACAUUGUUGUUGGACUUGGUCGCAGGUGCUACCUCUGGCACAUCCGACGAGGAGACAGACAUGGACAUCGACAAGGGCUUUGGAAAAAUAACACACGAUGAUGAAGACGAAAACACUCCUGUCAUAUCUGACGGGAUUCUUCAGUCACUCUGUCAAGAAGUGGAGGACGUUCUGGACAAGUUGAAGGAAAAUUCGCUUCGACAGGGCGGUCGGAGACAUUGUCCAUUUUGUUUGUUUCGUUCAUUUGCUCAACUGCGACAACUACGGACACACAUGACCAACCACCACACCGAGAAGAAUCAGUACGUCUGUUCUGGUACGAAGCAGAUCAAAGUCAUCCUGUCACUGUACGACCAUGGUGCUUCAUCACAAAGCAGAGUGGAAGAGCUUCUACAAUCCAGUGCAUCGUUGUUGCGAGCCACCAUCCAGCCAUCACUGGAGUCUAACCGCAACUCCAUCGACAAAAAAAUACGAUUGAUCUUGGAUGCCACUGGUCCUCGGUAUGUGAAUCUGGAAAGUAUCGGUACAACAAUAAAAGCCAGAAGAGUGAAGAACAUGUACUACACGCACUCCUUUGCGGAUUUGCUGCUACGAGAGAUGGUACUUGGUGCGGACGCUGGCUACACGGUGUCACAUCGAGGCUCUGAAGAUAUCACCACGUCCGAAGCUUUCAAGAACAAGAUGGAGCAGAUGCUUACGGCUUUCUCCAAGCACGAUGAGUGGCAUUACAUCAGCAUGGAUGCCACUCUCAAGUUGUGCAUGAAAAUCAUGGGACAGGCUCCUUACAGAGCUUCCAAGCAAGUUCGGAACGACGCUCCGUUCGGGGACGACGUGGCAUGGCGGCGGCUCUUGACCGUGCGGGGUCGCACCGGAGCUGUCCUUCUCAUGGAACCUCUUCCAAAGGAAUCAUCGGACUACAUCGUCGGCGCCAUCUCGGAUAACUUUUCGGAAGCUCAACUCGUCUCAGUGCACUAUGUAGGAACAGACAGUCCAUCGGAAAAGCUGUAUACAGAAUUACGGUCUGUAUGCCCGAAUUUGCGAGCGCUCAUGCUGGACCCCAUUCAUCUUGCCAUUGUAUAUGAGUACGGGUUCUGGAAUAAGAAGAGUCCUGGCUCCAAGAAGCUGCGACACAUCCUGCGAAAGUGCACGGCCGUCGACGAAAGGGUCGAUGCAAGACACUGGCUUGCAUUCUACGACGGUGCAAUGGCCAGGCCAUUGAACGAGGAGGAGGUGAAGUAUCGUGAUAUGAUAUUGGAUUUCUCCAUGUCAGAGCGUGACGCCAGCAGCAUCCUGGAUCAUGUACAAGAGGAUCAACCUUUCCUCCACAGACUUGAUUUCAUAAAAUCGAUUGCUGCCCUAUGCCGACGAUACAAAGGCGAGGUCGUCCGGAAGGCUCCUGGGCCUAACAAAGAAAUAUAUCGCAUUUUGUGGUCUGCGUGCGCACCAGAUCGGGUGGAAUGGCUGAUGAACAAUGUGAGAGUGCGGCACUCUAUGCAUGCAUCAUACUUAUGGUUCCUUCCGAGCGGCACUGCCAGUAAUGAGGCCUUGCACGCAGAAGUUAACUCAUGGACGCGGAGCAUUAACGUGAUGCACCGGUCCACACUCGCUUUGAAGCUUCGUUAUUUCAAGUAUAUCAAGAUGCUCACUCACUACCUCGCGACAGAGCAUCCUAUGUCGCAUGUGGUUAGUGCCAACAUGCUGAUAGGUAGAUCGCUGCAUGAGUCGCUGUGGAGCGUACCCGAAUGGGAUGCGUGGUGCAGCGAGCAGCACACGGAUGGAGUGCAGAGCAAAGCUCGACUUCAACUUGCCAAGUCCAGGCAAUCCGAAGUCAAAUUGGUGCGGAACUGGGCUAUGAAGACUAUGAAGAAGCCCGCUGCGAAAUCUUCCAAGCCUCAGAAGAGGCGAGGGCGUGUGACUCCUUUGUCAGUCAGACGCAUGCACACAUUACGUACAGCAGGUGUGAAACAGUCUGGCUCUGACUAA